AUGACAAUCCGGCCACCAUUCGGCCAUCACAUGCGUGACACCCAUUUCCAAUUCUCCCCUACCUAUACACCUCUAAACCACGGUUCCUUCGGCGCCUACCCACAUCCCAUCCAAGAAGCCCAAGGCGCAUUCCAAGAACAAUGUACAUCAAGACCCGACACAUUCUACAUCUAUUCACUCCCCAAACUAAUCGACGAAUCUCGGAAUGCUGUAGCGCCUCUCCUAGGUGCGGAUCCAAGGGAGGUGGUAUUAGUGCCGAAUGCGACGACGGGGGUAAAUACUGUGUUGAGGAAUUUGAAGUGGGAGGAGGGGGAUUUGAUUGUGUAUUUUAGUACGAUUUAUGAUGCGUGUGAGAAGACGGUGGAGAGUGUGAGGGAGAUGGUGGGGGUGCAGGUGGAGACUCAUUGUCUGGUGUUGGAGUUUCCUAUUGGGGAAGUAGAAGAGUUGAAAAGAUUUAGAGAGUUUGUGGAGGGGGCGAAGAAUAAGGGGUUGAAUGUUAAGCUGGCUAUAUUUGAUACGGUCCUAACCUUCCCCGGUGUUCAAAUGCCUUGGGAAGAACUGGUUCGUAUAUGCAAAGAACUAGGUGUCUUAAGUCUAAUCGAUGGUGCCCACGGCAUUGGACACAUCGACCUCACACACCUCGGUUCCAUCAGUCCCGAUUUCUUCGUCAGUAAUUGCCACAAGUAUGUUACUCUUCCCCUCCCCAAAUACCAAAGACCAAUCCCAACAAUACACAGAUGGCUCUACACCCCUCGCUCAUGCGCAGUAUUCUAUGUUCCCCUCCGCAACCAACAUCUCAUCCGCACCUCUCUCCCCACAUCCCACGGCUAUCGCAAAAGCUCCGCGAAUGAUACUCUAGAAGAUAUUAACACCUAUUUCCUCUCCAUGUUCAACUUUGUCGCUACUAUUGACUAUACACCCUAUCUUUGUAUCCCCGCCGCAAUCUCAUUCCGCAACACUGUUUGUGGCGGCGAAGCUUCUAUUCGCCAAUACUGUUUCGACCUCGCUAAAGUCGGUGGUUCCGUCUGCGCGUCCGCACUUAACACAUAUACCCUUCCCAUCGACUUGGGGAGAGAAACGUGUUUCACCAACAUCAGAUUACCCAUACCAUUUUCGUGCAGCAAGCCCAACGACAGCCAAACCAAUAAUAUAAUCGAUUCCGACUCAUUGGCAUUCCCCGCCGCCGAUGCAGAAAAAAUUAAAGCUUGGCUAAAUAAAACUGCGGUUGAGGAAUUCGAUACGUAUCUCCAGAUUGGAUGGCACGCGAAUGUUCUCUGGGUUAGAUUGAGCGCGCAGAUCUAUUUGGAAUUGAAGGAUUUUGAGUGGGCGGGGGAGAAAUUGAAGGGGCUGUGUGAGAGAGUUAAUGCAGGGGAGGUACCCGGGACGAGGAGAGGAGAGGGCUUGAAUGUGCCAAAUUUUGGGAUGAUAUAA